AUGUCCGUCAAUGACCGUCGCGCCAGCCACAUGAAUGCUCCACGACCCCGCGUUACAUCGAAUCGCGUCGGCGAUGCUGAGAAACACGGUAUACGCAGCGGUGCGUCUCCAUUGCAGUCCGAAAACUCAGAGCAUCGUGGCAGCACAUCAACCCAAAAAAGCAAAGUGCCACGAGAGCAGCAAACCAUUAUUAGCGAAAAGCGUUCCGAACGAAUGAUAAUCCACUCCAAAGACAAGUCCCACUCCCGAACCAGGCAUCCGGUCAAGGAGUCUUCCAGCGCAGCGAAUAGAGGGGAGUGGGAGAGGUCGCGAUCGAAGAGGGCCAGUCAGACGGAUCAUGCUGGUCCUAAUAUUCGGAAGAAGGAGAAGGAGUCGGGAGAAGAAAUCUCAUGGAACCCGCACGCAUCUUUGAUGCCACAUUCUACGGCACCGUUAGCGUCUCGAGUAUCAGUGGCCCCUUUAGCCUCAGCGUUGCCUCAAUCGCUCCAGCCUCCACCGCUCCGAGAACUCUCGAUCGACACGCAAGAGAAGGCUUUGCUAGACGAUCUACUUUUCGUUUUUAUGGGGUUUGAGGGCCAAUAUAUCCAUUAUCAUAGUCGGUAUGAUCCUUCUGUGGAGAAGGACCGGUUGACCGGUCCAGUCUUCCAGUUGCCGUCAGGAUUGGAUCCUACUCUGAGGGACCUUACUCUGUCGAUGCUGAAGAUGGCGACGCAUUACAGUGCGCUGGAAGCGUUUGUGGAAGUCCAGAGCCGUGCAGAGUUUGGAGCCGUCAGUCACGCUUUGUGCGCUGCGAUCCGAAAAAUCCUAAAGGACUAUCUAAUCCUCAUUGCUCAGCUUGAGAGCCAACUUCUAAAUAAUCCAAGCUUCACUCUACACCUUCUCCACCUACACACUAUGCCAACAUGCCAGUGCCUGGCGCAGCUUUAUUCCUUAGGCCAAGAAUUGCUCCGGCGGAAUGGACUUUUGGAUCAAGACCUUGACGAGACGAUCGAUGAUUUUGACGACGUCGACAAUAUUCUAGAGCAACUGAAGGAAGGUGGUGACCUGGUCCCCGGCGCCAUGUCUAGCAAGAAAAUAUGCAAGGGAGGCAAUGUUCUCCGGCUACUAACUGAGCGAUUGACAACAUAUUCCGGGGACCCCACCACCAAGACUCUUUUAGAGAGGCUGCUUCGUGAGGCUAGUCGACCGUAUAUGGCUAUGCUUAAUGAGUGGUUACACCAUGGCGGUAUUAAGGACCCCCACGCCGAGUUCCUUGUCAAGGAGCAAAAAUGGAUCAAGCGCGAGAAGCUAGAGGAAGACUACACCGAUGAAUACUGGGAGAAGCGUUAUACCAUCCGGGACAACGAGGUUCCCCCCCUCAACUGGACAGCGCCCGGGACAAAGUCCUUCUGGCUGGGAAUCAAAGACGUGCCCAAAACUCUCGACGACCCCCGUUUUUUGGACAACGUCAAUGCCGCCUACACCUACGCGAAUGCGUCGUUGUUGAAUCUCCUCCUGACCAAAAACUCCCCUCACGACCCGCUUCCGCUCCCUAAAACAUUAUUUUUUCCUCGACCGCUCCGACUUUUUCUCCUACUUUCUCGAGCUUGGAGCCCAGGAAGUAUUGCGGCGCAGGAUCCGUUCAAGGAAGAUGUCAAGAUUCGGAUGAAUAGGGUUGGGCUUACCAAAUGGUUGAUGCAGGUUGUCAGCGUCUCUGGUAUUGACCAAGACAAUCCUGAAGCUGGCAUGGAGAAAUACCAAGCUCCGCAAACGCACGGCGAGGAUGACAAGAAUAUUCUCGGAUACGAGGCGCUUGAGUUAGACUACUCAGUUCCCUUUCCCCUGUCCCUGGUCAUCAGUCGCAAAACCGUCCUGCGAUACCAGCUGAUUUUCCGCCAUCUUCUGUCGCUUCGUCAUCUGGAGAACCAGCUUGUUUCGUGCUGGCUCGAUCAGAGCAAGUGUUCUGGCUGGCGGCACAAGUCCUCAGACCGCCGAUUAGAGAUGUGGAAACGACGGGCGUGGAGCCUGCGCUCAAAAAUGCUUGUAUUUGUGCAGCAGCAUCUUUACUUUUGCACUGCAGAGGUCAUUGAGCCCAACUGGCAAAAUCUGAUGGACCGGGUCAAUGGGACUGAUGCCGACGGGUCCGAGGUGACCGUGAACGGCACAAAACAAGUCAAUCGAACUGUCGAUGAGCUGAUGCAGGACCAUGUGGAUUUCUUGGAUACUUGCCUCAAGGAAUGCAUGCUAACGCAGGCCAAGCUGCUGAAGAUUCAUUCGAAACUCAUGAUUUGCUGCAACAUGUUCGCGCAUUGGAUUGUGUCGUCGGUUACACGAGGACUAGUUUUGGCGGACCCCGAUCUUGCUGGCAAGGUUCCUGGUUCUGAUAACAGGAGCUACGAUCCGUCACGCGUGGCCAAACUGGAGGAAAACCUGAAAAAAUAUGAAGAUCAUUUUAGCCGACACGUGCGGAUCCUGCUGGACAGCCUGAACUAUUUCGCCGCUACCGAGAGCGUUGUCCUCCUCAAGCUUGCACACGCUCUAAGCUCAAUUAGCAAGGAAGAUUGA